AUGCCCUCGCCCAUCCGCGACUUCCUUGCCCAGCGCACAGGCAUCUCCGAGACUUCUUCACUCCUCUCGAACGAGUGCUCACCCAUCCUCUCGCGGCCAGCCACGCCGUCUCGACUGAUAACGUCCGCUCCCGAGCGGACACCUGGAACCGUUCGCACGGCCUCACCCCACUCCCCGCGCAACGGAAUGGACGCCCGCACCCUCACCCCCGCAGCGAUUCAGCGGCGCCUGAGCAAUGCGAGUCUCAUCCGCUCCCGCUCGGUCGUGGACCUCUCAGAGGGUAGUGGGGCGAUAGACCGUUCACGCGCACUCGCUCUCAUCGCCGUGUGUACCCUCAGCAUCGGAAGCCAUUUCCUGAUGUACGUCUCGGGCCCCAUCAAGAGCAAGCUCCACCGCGAGCUUGGAUCCACGAAUAGCCAAUUCUCACUCAUGAUCUCGGCGCUCAACCUAAACUCGACAUGGACACCCCUCGUUGCAGGCAUUCUCGUCGCGCGGUACGGCACAGCCGCGUCCUCUCUCGUCACGACCGGAUUCAUCCUCCUCGGCGCGGUGAUUCUCUACGUGGGCGUAUAUUCUGGCGCGAUCGCCAUCAUGGCCCUCGGAUACUUCCUUUUCGGGUUGGGAAGCACCCCACUCAUGGUCGUACAAGAAACCCUCCUAGCCCGCCUCUCACCCGGCGGGCACCUCGGCCUCUCCCUCGCCCUCGGCUUGGUGAGCGGUAAAACCGCGUCCUUCGUCGCCUCCUUCACCUCCCUUCCCUUGGCCGAGGCGGGCGGUGACACGGCCCCCUUCGCAGUCGGUCUUGCACUGUGCAUCCUGUCAUUUUCAGCCAACAUUCUCCGCUUAGGCUUAGGCUGUGGGGCGGCUCAGACACGCGACGCAGCCGAGGUGAGCCCGAAACGCAUCGUGCGCUUCGACGGUGUCUCGCGUCUCGGCGACGUCUUCUGGCUCUACAUCCUCGUCAACCUCUUCUGCGGCGCGAUAUGGCAACCGUUCCUGCAUCUCAGUGCAAAUAUCGUUCAGGUCCGCUUCGGCCUGUCCGAAUCGCAGGCGAGCAUGAACGCGUCUGUCCUCAUGGCCGGCGCGAUCGUCCUCUACCCCUUCAUCGGGUGGAUAACAGACCGUGACCAGGGUUCGCCACGCACGACGUAUCUCCUCUUCUUCGCAACCUCCAUCCUAACCCUCUUCUGCUACGUCUACCUUGCCCUCCCACCCGCCAUCACGCACACCCCAUGGCCAGGCCUCAUCUCCUGGGCUCUGGGCCACGGCGCAUCCACCCUCCUCCUGGUUGUCAUGAUUCCGCGCAUGAUGCCCGUCACUCUCGUUCCGUUGGGGUUGGGCCUCCACAAGUCACUGGAGACGGCGGCGUCGAGCGCGUCCCAGACCUUGGCUGGUUUGUGGCUCGACUUUGCAAAGGAACGACGGGGGGAGAGUGGCGCGGCUGAAGGUCUCCUCCUCAUCUACGCUGCCAUCAAUGUCGUGCAGCUCAUUUCUUCUGUUGUUUUGUGGCGCUUUGAGCGAAAGAGACGACUCGCGGCGAAACACGCCGCGUGGGAGGAGUAUACCGAGUACGAGCAGCUGCCGAUGGACGAGGACGAGGACCCAGUGUCGGACGAGGACGAGGAGCACGCGGACGCGCGUGCUCGUAUCGCUGCCAAGAUCGAGGAGAACGGGCCGCAGAGCGGACUUGCGCGCAACGACAAGGAGCGGAAGCGCGGGCGUGGCUUCUUCAUCGCAGGCCUGGGGUUCAUUGGCUGCGUGUGGACGCUGUGGAUCGUCACCGCGUGGAAGAAGCUGUAG